UAUUUCUGUAUAUAUUUCUGUUUAACAUGAAAAUUCUUGUGAUUGGCGCUGGCGCAGCAGGAUUAGUAGCGGCUAAAUAUGCUUUGCAAAACAAUCACGAUUGCGUUGUAAUUGAUAUGAGGUCAGAAUUAGGAGGAACUUGGGUUUAUACAGAUGAUGUCGAUUUGGAUAAAUAUGGAUUUCCGGUUUAUUCCGCAACAUAUAAGAGUUUAAAAGCAAAUAUUCCCAAAGAAGUAAUGGGUUACCCAGAUUUUCCAAUUAGUGACAAACUUCCAACUUAUCCCACGCAUAAUGAAAUGAAAGAAUUCUUGAAAGAUUACGCCGAUUAUAAUAACUUAAAUAAAUUAUUUAAGUUUAAUUGUAUAGUAACCAAAAUUGAACCAAUUAAUAAACACCAAUGGAUGACCUAUUAUACAGACAAAGUUAAAAAAUUAAAUUAUUUCGAAAUUUUUGAUGUUGUUAUGUUAUGUAGUGGGAAUUAUAACGAAGGAAACAUGCCAAAAAAUAUAAAAGGAACGGAUAUUUUCAAGGGGGACCAAUUCCAUAGCAGACAAUACAGAUCUCCAGACAAUUACAAAAACAAAAUCGUUUUAAUAAUCGGAGCUGGGCCAUCCGGAGUCGAUUUAGCAUUAGAAAUUUCUACAACAGCAAAAGCAGUGUUAUUAAGUAACCAUUCGGAUAUUUUAACUUCUAAAUACCCAGAUAACGUGCAUCGAAAACCGGAUAUAAAAGAAAUUUUUGAAAACGACGUCGAAUUUGUUGAUGGAAACGUUUCGAAAGUUGAUGUUAUCUUUUAUUGUACAGGUUUCAACUACAGCUACCCGUAUCUGCACGAAUCGUGCGGAAUCCGAAUUAACGAUAAUCACAUAACACCUCUUUACAAACACAUGAUCCACAUGGAACGACCGACUAUGUGCAUGAUCGGGAUUCCCGUACAUGUGUGUGCUUUUCCCAUGUUCGACCUACAAUGUCGCUUCUACAUGAAAUAUUUAAACGGCGAAAUGCAUCUUCCUUCGUUAGAAGUAAUGAGAAAGGAAGAGGAAAACGAAAUUAACACUAAAAUGCUUAAGGGAUAUCGUGAAAGAGAUUUUCAUAAAAUGGGGUGUUUUCAACAAGAGUAUUAUGAUAGUUUAGCAAAUUUGGCGGGGAUUAAAUCUUUACCACCAGUUAUUGCUAAAGUUAGGGAUUGUAGUUUUAAAAGAUUUUAUGAAAACUUAAUGACGUAUAGAUCUGAUAGAUAUAAGAUUGUUGAUGAUGAAUCGUUUGUACAUAUUGUUUAAGAUUAAAUGUAAUUCGUUUAAUUUGAUACAAAAACUGAUGUUAGCUUGAAGAUACCGUAAACUUAAUUAAAAGUUUCUUUCU